AUGGGGCUACUCGAUAGCUUCAAAACGAUGCUCAGCGGCGGCAAGUCGGACGUGCACAGCCGCUUUGAAUUCAUACGCGAGGCGAUCUCCGGCACCAUGUCGGAGUUCUACAUGGCCCGUGACCGCAAGACCGGUCAAAUCGUGGCGCUGAAAAUUCUCGAUGCCAAGAAGACUGAGUUCUUCGAGUCUCGUUUCAAAGGGCUGAAGAAACCGGUCGAAGGCGAAAUCGCCAUGGCGAUGGAUCACCCGAACAUCGUCAAGACGUACGAGCACGGCAAGACGCCCUCGGGGCAACAGUACCUGGUGAUGGAGUUUCUCGAAGGCCCGGGUUUGAACUCGCUGAUCAUCGGUCGUAGCAAGAGCCUUGAUGGCAAGCGGCUAUCACUCAUCCGGCAGACCGCAAAAGCUCUGCAGGCGGUACACACGGCCGGGUAUAUCCAUCGCGAUGUGUGCCCUCGCAACUUGAUGUGCACGACGGCCGAACUCGACACACUGAAGCUCAUCGACUUCGGGCUCACCGUGCCGGCCACACCGCCAUUCAUGAUGCCGGGCAAUCGCACGGGCACGCCGAACUACAUGGCCCCCGAGUUGGUCAAGCGGCAGAAGACCGAUCAGCGGCUCGAUGUCUUCGCCUUUGGGGUAACCGCCUACGAGAUUCUCACGUUCGAAUUACCGUGGGAACGCGGCAGCGACGGUCGGGCCGCGAUGACACAUGCCAUGCAUCAACACACCGACAUUACUAAGUACCGCCCUCAGAUCGAUCCCCGCCUGGCGAAGGCGAUCGCCAGUUGUUUGCGCCGUGAUCCCGCGAAGCGUUGCCCAUCGAUGGACGCAUUUCUCACGGCCAUCUCCAGCGUGAAAGCUGAAUCCGGCGUGUGGUGGGUUCAACCGCUUUCGGUAGGUGCAAAGCCGCUGGGGAUUCGUUCCCGCGCUUUCAGUAGAGAGAAAUCAAUGACCAAGCAAUCGACCAACGUUCCUCAUCGCCGCGACGUCUUGCGAUGGGCGACCACCGGCACCGCGAUGGGUUUCGGUGCGGCACUGGGAGGAUGUUCUUCAUCAGAACCGCAAGUGACCGCCAGCGCCGACGGCCAACGACCGCUGAGAGCAGCCUUCUCGAACGCCGGACUGCAGAGCACCUGGUGCAAACUCGGUAAAGACACGGCCGAACUGUGGGGCAAGCUGCUAGGGGUUGAGGUCGUCUGGUUCGAUGGCGAGUUCGACUCGCAGAAGCAGCGGGAGAAGAUCGAUCUGAUCGUCGACGACGAUUGGGACUUCUGCUGUUUUCAGGCCGUGCAGAUCGACUCACUGGCCGAACCGGUGCGGAUGCUGAACAAGCGAGGCAUCCCGGUCAUCUCGAUGGACACUCACCUGGUCGAUCCGGCCAAACAGCAGGAGUCGGGGGUGUGGGUUCAGGUGCAGCCCGAUCAGGUCUACAUGGGCGAGACGAGCACUCGUUACUUAAUGGACAAGAUCGGCGGCAAAGGUAAGGUCAUUCACAUUGGCGGAAAAGACGCCCACAGUGGCGCCCGCGGACGACGCCAGGGAUUUGAAAACGUGUUGGCCGAAUACCCCGAGGUCGAAGUGCUCGGCGGCGGGGUUCGCUGGUGCGACUGGGAGAAAGCCAAAGCGCGAAAUACCUUCGAAGCCCUGUUAAACCAAAACUCCGACCCAAUCGCCGGGGCGUUCUUCCACAGCGACGACAUGGCGUUGGCCUGCGUUCCGGCGUUGCGUGGAACGCCGCACGAGAACAUGAUCAUCACCGCAGUCGAUGGCCAGAAGGAAGGGUUGGCCGCCGUGCGAGACGGGCAACUGGCUGCCACCACGGUGAACCCUGUGUGCCUGAUCCACAAGAUGGCGCUCGAGAUCGGGCAGUUCAUUUGUCGCAACGACGAGAAGCUUGAGAACAUGCCUAAGGAGAUUAUCACUCCCGGUCCUUUGGUCUCGCUCGAUACGAACAAUAUCGACGCGAUUUCUCCGAAUCCUCCGGCCGCGACCGCGGUGCUCGAAUGCCGUGGCAUUAGCAAGCGGUUUGGCGGGGAAGUGGCGCUAAGCGAUGUCGAUUUUUCCCUCGCCGCCGGGGAAGUGCACGGACUGGUCGGUAGUAAUGGGGCCGGCAAGAGCACGUUGAUGCGGAUCUUGGCCGGAGCCCUGCCCGACUACGAAGGCGAAGUGUUAGUCGACGGGCACGAGGUGCAACUCAGUUCGCCUCAGGCGGCUAUGUCGCAAGGCAUCGCUAUGGUCUAUCAGGAACUCUCAGGCAUCGACAGCUUGUCGGUGGCCGAGAAUCUGUUCCUCGGUCGCCAGCCGGUCACCCGAAUGCAACGCAUCGAUUGGAAGAUGAUGCGGACGAAAGCCCAGCAGUAUUUGAAAGAGCUGGGCAUCGAUAUCGAUGUCCGCCGCCGCUUGGACAGCUACCCCUUGGUAAUUCGGCAGAUGGUCGAAAUCGCCCGGGGGUUACACAGCGGGGCCCGAGUGCUGAUUCUCGACGAGCCCACCAGUGCAUUGAGCCCGCCGGAGACGCAACGGCUGUUCGAGAUGAUCGCCGAGUUGAGCGGUCGCGGGGUGGCCGUGAUCUUCAUUAGCCACUUCAUCGAAGAUGUGCUGCAGAUCUGCGAUCGCGUUACGGUGCUCCGCGAUGGUCAACGGGUGGAAACGAAGUCGGUCGACGAGGUCGAUAAGCACACGGUCAUCCACACAAUGUUGGGGCAUGCACUGGAUACGGCCGAAGCCGGCUACGAAACGGGAGCCAUGUUGCCGCCGCGUCGCGAUGAGACCCCGGUGCUUCGCGUGGCGGGGCUUUCGCUACCGGGGCACUUCAGUGAUGUGAGCUUCGAUGUGCUGCCGGGAGAGUGCGUGGGCCUGUACGGGUUCGUGGGGGCGGGGCAUCAAGAACUCGUUCAUGCGGUGGCCGGGGCUUUGCACCCCAGCGCGGGCACGGUCGCGGUCGACGGAGUGACGUUGAAAUCGGGUAGCACUUCGAACGCCGUAAAACACAACGUGGUGCUGGUGGCCGCCGAUCGGGCGCAGUCGCUUUAUCAUCGGGCGGAAAUCUAUAAGAACGCUACGCUGGCCCACCUUCGCAGCGCCGUCGGAGGAUGGCUAACGCGGAGGGCCGAACUGCGAACCACCGAACCGCUUUUGAAGCGCGUCGGUUGUCGCCCACCCGAUCCGCGAUUGGCCGUAGGGAAUCUUUCCGGCGGGAAUCAGCAGAAGGUCGUACUGGCCAAGUGGCUGCUAGGGCCGAUUCGGGUGUUGAUACUCGAAGAACCGACCCGUGGGAUGGAUGUGCACGCCAAAGACGAGAUCCUCAAGAUCGUGGCCGAUCUUCGCUCGCAGGGUGUGGCCGUGGUGUUGGCCUCGAUCGAGCCGGAGUUGCUGUUGCGUGAGGCCGACCGUAUCCUCGUCAUGCGUCGUGGAAAGCUCACGCACGAGUUCGCCGACACGAGUAGCAGUUCGUUGUCGCAGCAAGAAUUGACGCUUUCCCGAUCGCGAUGGACUCCUCGCGACAUUGCUCCGUUUGUGAGCCUGGUGAUCCUGCUAAUCUUCUUCACGGUCGCCACCGGCGGCGAUUUCUUCAGUGUCGCCACGUUCGUACAGGUCCUCCGGCAAGGGGCCAUUCUGGGCAUCGUGGCAGUCGGGCUGACAUUUGUUCUGCUGUGUGGCGAGAUUGAUCUCUCCGUCGGCAUGGUCGCCCUGUGGGCCGCCAGCUUCUGUGGGUGGCUGUAUCACGCCCUGGUGCUCGAUGGUUGGACGCGGGGCGAUACGGUGCUGUUUGAACCGCUGGGGGUCGACGCCGCCGGGGCGGGGUGGAUCUUCCUGAUCAUUGCGCUACCGCUGUUAUCGUGUUUGCUGCUUGGGUUGAUCUCGGGAUGUCUUACGGUUUGGGCGGCGCUGCCGAGCUUUAUCAUCACGCUGGCCAUGAUGAACAUCGCCGACGGGCUGGCGGCGCACAUCACGCAGAGUGCCGCGCUGAAUGUGCCGGAAGUGCUGGAAGUGGUCGGCAACCGGGGCAUCCCCAUCACCGAAGUGCGUGAGUUGCCCUACAGUGCGCUGGUGGCUUUGGGAGUCUUCCUAAUUGGGCACAUCGUGCUGGAGCAUACUCGGUUUGGCCGCUACGUGUUCAUGACGGGGGGAAAUCGCGAAGCCGCCCGAUUGGCCGGCGUGCAGACCGGCAUGGUGAUUGUAGUGUGUCUGGGCAUCUCGGCGCUCACCGCCGGCCUGGGCGGGCUGAUCGUGGCCGGCAAGUUGGCCAAUGUGAGCCAGGAUCAAAACGCAGCCCUGUUGCUCGAAGCGGUGGCUUGCGUGGUGCUGGGAGGCACCAGCCUGUUCGGUGGCGAAGGCAGCAUGGCCAAAACCGCGAUCGGGGUGUUAACCUUCAGUGUGUUGGCCGUCGGGCUGAAUCAAAUCUCCUGGGUGCCCGACCUGCUGCGGCCGUUUGUGAUGGGCGUGGUGCUGAUGGUCGCCCUGGUCGUCAACGGGGCAGUGCAACUCGAAGGUCGGCAAUUGUUGCUGGCCGACGAAGUGGUCGAUCUCGAUGAAGUCGGCCGCAUCGUGGUGGUGGGCGCAGGGAAAGCUGGCGCUGGGAUGGCCGCCGGGUUUGAAGAGGCCCUGGGGGCCCAACUGCUGGCCGAAAAGCAAGUCACCGGCUGGAUUAACGUUCCGGCCGACUGUGUAAAAGCGCUCAACACCAUCACGCUACAUCCCGGUCGCCCGGCUGGGGUGAACGAGCCGACCGCCGAGGGUGUGGCUGGCGCCCAACGAAUUCUGGAGAUGGUCGAGGGGCUCGCGGCGAACGACCUUUGCAUCUGUCUGCUUUCCGGUGGGGCCUCCGCCUUGCUGCCGGCCCCUGCGGCGGGCAUUACGCUGGAAGACAAGCAGCAGGUCACGCGACUGCUUAGUUCGCGAGGGGCAAACAUCGAGGAACUGAACACUGUCCGCAAGCAGCUCAGCCGCAUUAAAGGGGGCGGGCUCGCGCGUGCCUGUCGGGCCGGGCGGCUGAUUACGCUGGUCAUUUCCGAUGUGCUUGGCGAUCGGCUGGACAUCAUCGGUUCGGGCCCCACGGUGGAAGACACAUCGACACCGCAGCAGGCGCUCGAGAUCCUAGAGCGAUUCUCACAACAACGAAGCGAUAUCCCGGGCAGUGUGUUGGAGAGCCUGCAGCAGAGGGCGGCCGCUGGAGAGGAUCAUCCGGUGAACACUCCCAUCACCGCACAGCUCACUACCUCGAUCAUUGGCAAUAACGCCCGUGCGGUCGACGCCGCAGGCGUGGAGGCCGUGCGAUUGGGCUACGCCUAUGUGAUGUCGUCGGCCAACGGGCCCGAGGGCGAAGCCGAAGAACUCGGCCGGCAGCUUGCCGAUCAAGCCCGCAACAUGUACGACAACGCGGGCCCCGACUGCACCAUCAGCGGAGGAGAACCGGUGGUGCGGCUGGUUGAUGCCGCAAAGCGAGGGCUCGGCGGGCGGAAUCAGCAGUUGGUGCUUGCAGCCCUGUUGCGGCUAUUAGAAACGGCCGGUGUGAGCGAUGCCGCUUCGCCCGAAGCGUUGCAGGCACUCGACGGAAUCGCGUUGCUCUCCGGUGGCACCGACGGUGAAGACGGGCCGACCGAUGCGGCGGGGGCCAUCAUCUGCGGACAGCAAACCAUCCGCAGCAUGCAAGAACAAGGUCUCGACCCGAAGACCUUUCUGCAAUCGAACGAUGCCUACCACUUCUUCGAGCCGCUAGAAGGGCUCAUGAAGACGGGUCCCACGCAUACGAACGUUUGCGAUCUGCGGGUGGUGUUGGUUGAUCGUCGGGCGAAUUUCAUCGAAUCCGAAGCUGCUCAAGACCGCGAGAGCUUCCGAGAUACUUGCCCCAUGGAGUACGUAAAAGGCAAGGAACGCUAG